GGGUGCAGCCACGUGGCAGAUGAGUAAGAAGGCGUGGUAAAGGAUUUCUGAGUGGUGACCUCUGUCGGCGCGCGCCCUUUCUGUGAGCCCGGGUCUCUCUCGUGUCUGCUUCCCGCUUUUUAGAAGGGAGGCGGCGAUGGCCCAGUGCGGCUGCACCGCCACGGUGGCCGCGGUGGGAACGUCGAGCAGGCCCGGUAUCCCACUCGGGGUUGCCCCGUGCAUCGCGCGGGCGGGAGACGAAACGGUCCCGCGUCUUUUUCGGUCUUUUGAACCUGGCCGCGGCCUUGGCGCGCUGUUCGAGGGCAAUGGGACGGCAAUCAAUGCACGCGGGUCAUCCCCGAUCCCGAUCCCGAUCCCGAUCCGGACGCCGGUAAUUAAUUGGAGUAGCAGGUGGAGUAUUAAUAGACUCUGCUGUAGCAGUUGUGAUCAGGUCAGCGGCGCGCGAGCAUUCUCGGAGUCGUUGGACACGUCAACGGCGGAUGCUUUCUGGGAGUUAGAGGAGUCCACCUGGCGCGGAGCAAGGAGGAGGAGGGGGGGGAGAGGCGGCGCGGAGGAACACGGAAGCUUCCGAGCAGCGAUGGCUUUGAGGUCGUCGUUGAGAUCGCCCAUGCUAUCGCCAGGAUCAUCGUCGUCUUUGAAGGCGCGCGCCAAUGGGAGAGUGAUGGAAAAUGGGGAAGGGGCCGGAAUUGCCGCGAGGACGAAGAGUGGAGUUGUGGCAGAGGAGGCGAAGUUGUGGGGUGGGCGUUUCGAGGAACCAGUCACACCUGCCGUUGAGAAAUUUAGCCAAUCAGUAUCCUAUGAUCAACGGCUAUGGAGGCAGGAUCUCAAGGGCAGCCGCGCUCACGCCUCGAUGCUCGCCCUGCAGGGUUUGAUCACGGAGAAGGAUGAGGCUGCGAUAUUGGAAGGUUUGGAUCGUAUUUCGGAUCGAAUCGAGAGUGGGGAGUUUCAAUGGAGGGCAGAUCGGGAAGACGUACACAUGAACGUCGAAGCGGCCCUGAUUGACCUUAUUGGUGAACCUGGACGGAAGCUGCACACGGCACGUAGUCGUAAUGAUCAAGUCGUGACAGAUUUGAGGUUAUGGGUUCGAGACGCGAUCGAGCAAAUCGUGGAUAAGAUUGUACAGCUUCAGGCUGCACUCAUCAGACUUGCUGUUGAGAACCGGGAAGUUGUUGUGCCAGGCUACACACAUCUCCAGAGGGCCCAGCCGCUUCUGCUACCACACCUUUUGAUGGCUUAUGUUGAACAGUUUGAGCGAGAUCAAGGUCGACUGAAGGACUGUGCGGAGCGGUUGAACUACUGCCCCUUGGGAGCGUGUGCUUUGGCUGGCACAGGACUGCCAAUCGAUCGGUUUGCGACAUCAGAUUCCCUGGGGUUCAAAGCGCCACUGCGGAAUAGUGUUGAUGCUGUAUCUGAUCGAGAUUUUGUUUUGGAGGUGCUCUCGGCCAAUUCCAUAAUUGCUGUUCAUCUCUCACGGCUUGCAGAAGAGUGGGUCUUAUGGGCUACGGAGGAGUUUGGAUUUAUCACUCCAAGCGAUGCGGUGUCAACAGGGAGCAGCAUCAUGCCACAGAAGAAAAACCCCGACCCCAUGGAGCUGGUGCGUGGGAAGUCGGCACGAGUGGUGGGGGAUCUGACGACAGUGCUCGUACUCUGCAAGGGAUUGCCACUGGCCUAUAACCGUGACCUCCAGGAGGAUAAAGAGCCUUUAUUUGACAGUGUGGAAACUAUUCUUGGAAUGUUGGAAGUGACAAGAGAGUUUGCUCAGAACAUCACCUUCAACGUGGAACGACUGUCCAAGUCCCUCCCAGCUGGUCAUCUCGACGCCACCACUCUGGCGGACUACUUGGUUUACAAGGGUAUGCCGUUCCGGUCGGCACAUGAAGUGGUCGGACAUGCUGUGGCUCUGGCUGUCGCGAAAAAGGUGGAGCUGAAAGGACUUUCGCUGGAAGAGUUCGGAGCGAUCAACCCGAUUUUUGAGGAGGAUGUGUACUCCUUCCUAGGUGUCGAGAACUCGAUCAGCAAGUUCCGGUCCUACGGCUCAACUGGUGCGGAUUGUGUAGCUGAGCAGCUGAAGUUUUGGAUGGACAAGCUUGCCGGAAAGCUGUGAGGAUAUCGCAAAGGUAAUCUGAACCUCCAAAAAGGUAAUCGGAACCUUCGUUUUAAAAUUCCUUGGUUGUCUCUCAAAGCCCAGUCAGUCAUGUCUACAGCAGUCUUUCGAUAUGGUGGAUGGAGCUUUUAUCGAGUUGAGGCUAAUUGGCUCAAGGUCUGGGCAGGCAGGAUGGACUGCACAAUCUUUAGCUCUGGCAUUGCUGGCUACCGAAGACGAAACGAUUGACAUGGGUGUAGGUGGUGUGAAGAGCCGCAAGGGAGGGGAGGCAAGAGUUUGGGGCAUUGCCAGCUACUGGAGACGAUUGAGUUCUUGGUGGUGUGAAGAGGCACAACAGACGGGAGGAAAGAACUUGCUCUCUGCGGAGAGAAGGUGUCUAGUUGAAUGUGUGAGGGAACCGGUCACAAUCGUAGAAGCUGGGAGUAGGCCGCGGCACCUGUCGUAGUGCACAGUGGAAAGUAACCUUGGUGUGCCGCUCCUCAAUUCACUGAGGUAGAUCAAAAGACCGGUAACUUCCGGGUGUCGGAAAUUUUGAACGGCCUCAAUUAGGCCUUUGAGGGGAGAGGAAAGGUGGGGGUUGGGGGGGGGAAGGGGGGAAAGGGAAGAGAAUUAGAGAAUAUUCCUGUGUGUUGUGUGUGCACAAUAAUGCGCUUGUUUCUUUUGCUGCUCUACAAGUGUCUCUUCAAUACAAGAGACGAGAGGAUAAAACCUACUCUCUGUGGAGAGGAGGUAUCUGCUUGGACGCGCGAGGGAAAUGGAUGGAAUUGACGAUGCAGGAUGGCACCUGAUACAGUUCACAGUGGGAAGUAACCUUGGUGUGCCGCUCCUUGCUUCACUGAGGUACAUAAAUAGAACAGAAAUUCAUGGUGCUGGAAAUUUUGAAUGGCCUGGAUUAGGCCUUGGGGGGAGGGGGGUGAAAUAGGGGAGGAGAAUUAGAGAAUAUUUCCGUGUGAUGUACACACACAGUAAUGCGCUUCGUUGUACUGCUUCAUAGCGAGUGUCUCUUCCUCCUUCCAUGUAUGGGAGUGGGCACAGCAGAGAGUCAGUGGGCUCGGACAUGUAUGUGUGUGUGUGUGUGCGCGCGCGCGCGCAAGAGAGAGAGAGAGAGAGAGAGAGAGAGAGAGAGAGAGAGAGAGAGAGAUUGAAGAGGCACGAGCCACCCACUUGGAGGCUCGUAAAGAGUGGAUUCGUUCUGCUGAAUGGAGCUUGUGAUGAUUAGAGCUCUGCGAAAUGGAGACUUCUUCUCCGGUGCUCUGAUUUUGACCGUUGUCUUUUGUUUCUGUCAGUAUUAAGCUGCCUUCUUGGUCACUUUCGCUUUGCUUUUCUUCUUUGUUUUGAUUUGCUUUGCUUUUCCUUUUUUUUGGAAGUUUCUCCUCCUCUUCACUUUCCACUCCCGCAAAGUUCUGAGUUAAAAAAAAGAAGGGAAAAAAAAAUCAUGGAAUCGUGGACACAGGAUUUGCAUAGUGUAAG